CAAAAACAUAACCUAAAAAGUUAAAAAUUGUCAACAAACAACAAAACAAGAACAUAGUCUCACAAACAGUGCAAUAAUUAUAAAUCUAUAAAAUAAAAUAUGAAAAUAUCAGUGGAUCAAGUGUACACAUCAGCAGCUUGCAACCGAUCCCCAGAAAUAGCGGAUUGGAACAACGCUGGUCUUAUAUGUUUCGGCGCUUGCAAUGCAGUGGUUAUUUACGACACGAACGCCAAAGGCAAAGACCCACUCACGGUCCUCAGCCAUCACAAAUCAAAAGUAAACUUAGUAAAAUGGCUCCAAAAUCCUAACACCUCCUGCACAGAACUCUUAUCAUGUUCCGCAGACAAGACGGCAGCUAUCUGGACCUUAGACAAUGGGUUUUGGAAGGUUUCAAGUAGUUUAGUGGAACAUAAAGAUGGUGUGACUUGUGGCCAUGGAGUAUAUGUUGAUGGGGACAAUCUAUUGGUUUUUACUGGGUCUAUUGAUUCUAGUGUGUGUGUUUGGGAGAGGAUAGAUGGUACAACAACACUGAAACAGAAAAUCAACCUGCACUCAGGUCUGGCCCUGACGCUGCACAGCUAUGUGCUGUCCUCAGUCAACAAGCCCAUACUGUUCUGUGCUCUAGAUGACCACAAGGUGCACAUAUUUGUUGAGCAGGGGGAUAGUCAGUAUCACAGGGUUCACAUGUUGACAGGGCAUGAGGAUUGGGUGAGAGGCCUUGAUGUUUUGAAUGUUGAUGAUAACACAUUAAUACUAGCAUCAGCCUCACAAGACACAUACAUACGCCUGUGGAAGAUCCAGCGGUACGAGGAUGAACCAGUGACAGGCAUCAAGGUGGAACAGAAGGUGUUUGAGGCAUACCAAGUGAAGUGGUCAGUCAAACUGGAUGCUGUGUUGGCGGGGCAUGAGGGCUGGGUGUACGGGGUGCAGUGGCAGACCACUGUUGAUGAUGAAACGAAUCAGCCCAUCUACCGCCUCCUUUCAUCCUCCCUCGACAAGACCCUCAUAAUAUGGCAACCAGAGAGCCGCGGCGGCGCGUGGGUGGAGACCGUCCGAGUGGGGGAAGUGGGGGGGAACGGGCUGGGCUUCUAUGGCAGUCGGUUCGGUCCUGACGCGUUUCUGGGCCACGGGUACAAUGGAUCUCUGCAUAUAUGGAAAUAUGAUAAAGAGUCAAAGCAAUGGCAACCCAGCGUAGUGGUGGGCGGUCACUUCAGCGAAGUGGAAGACAUCCGCUGGGAAUCCAAAGGUCGAUACCUCGUGAGUGUGUCCCUCGACCAGACCACGAGGCUACACGCGCCCUGGCUGAGAGCUGACGGCAGCGGCACACAGUGGCACGAAAUAGCCCGUCCCCAAGUCCACGGCUACGACAUGGCGGCCAUAGCUCUCGUGUCGCCCACCACCUUCGUCUCCGCCGCGGAGGAGAAAGUGUUGCGGGUGUUCCAAGCACCACACAACUUUACACGCAACUUCCACAAUAUAACGGGCGAGACCCUCGCUGCAGAUGAUGUAAAGGGUCCCGAGGGAGCUGCAGUGCCGUCUUUAGGAUUGUCCAACAAGGCAGUGUUCAGCGCACAGGAAAAUGGCAAACCAGACGACGACAACGAUGGAUACUUUGUGCCCAUGGAACUACAUGAGCCCCCAACAGAAGAGACUCUGAUGCAGAACACUCUGUGGCCGGAAGUGCACAAACUUUACGGCCACGGCUACGAGGUGUACUGCGUAGACGCAAGUGCUGACGGCAGUCUCAUAGCCUCCGCCUGCAAAGCCACCACGGCGGAGCACGCGGCCGUGCUCUUGUGGGAAACCAAAACCUGGCAACAAAUCCAAAAACUAAUAUCCCAUACACUGACGAUCACUCAGCUUGCGUUCUCACCGGACAGCCAGCAACUACUCUCCGUAUCCCGAGAUCGAAGAUGGACCUUAUACCUCAGGACAGAGGGUUCAAAUUCCUUCAACAUAGCCGCCAGUACGGACAAAAAGAACGGAGUACACACGAGGAUAAUUUGGUGUUGUGCGUGGGCGCAUGAUAACAGUGUAUUUAGUACUGGCUCUAGAGAUGGAAAGGUAUGCGUAUGGUCUAAAACCGACACAACAAGUGACUCCUCGCUUAAAGACUACAGUUUAUUUGGUAAACCAUUAGAAUUAGCCAACUCGGUGACCGCGCUAGCGUUCGCGCCGAUGCCGGCAGAUGUUAGAAUACUUGCAGUGGGCUUAGAAACCGGCAUUAUAAAGAUAUACAAGUUCGACCUUACUUGGAGUUUGCUGUAUGAGCUAGACAAUAGUACGGCGCACCAUAUAACAGUGAAGCGCUUAUUCUUCAAGCCGAGACGAGCUGACGAGGUUGAAACGAGCAAGGAACUGCUAUUGGCCAGCUGUGGCAGUGAUACCUUCGUUAGGAUUUGUAAAAUAAAUUUAUUGUAAAUAAAUAUAAUACCAUAAUAAAUACUAUAUUUUGUUGAA